CACUGCACCGAGGCGGCUCGCGCUCUCUCUCUCUCUCUCUCUCUCUCUCUCCACUGUCUGUCAGCGUCUCUCACCCUCUCUCUCUCUCUCUGUGUCAGGGUCUCUCGCCCUCUCUGUCCGCUUUCUUUCUACAGAAGCCAGCAGAGGUCCCGCCGGGUCGAAGGUUCUGCCCUGCCCGCUCAGACUGCACCAGACGCCGGACAGACGCCGAACAGCUCCCCGCCGCCGCCGCGUAGAAGGCGACCCCGAGCCGAGCGGAAAACAUUAACAAAACACGCCGCACAGACGUGCACACACGACGGCAGAAGACCCCAGAGUGUUGCGGUGGAGUUGGUCACUCAGCUGGCUUCUGCUGCUGGGAGAAGCGGUCGACUUGUCGGCGCCUCUUUAGGAUGACCGCGGCACGGCUCGCUGCUGAAACCCAGUGAACGAACUGCGUCUCAUGUCCAAACGGCGGAAGCAUGGCUCAUGGCAAAGUGACCAUCACGGUGGAUGAGUACAGCUCCAACCCCACACAGGCCUUCACACAUUACAACAUCAACCAGAGCCGCUUCCAACCUCCACACGUCCACAUGGUGGACCCCAUUCCUUACGACACUCCAAAGCCUGCAGGACACACCAGGUUUGUGUGUGUGUCGGACACACACUCGCGCACAGAUGGCAUCCAGAUGCCCUACGGCGACGUGCUGCUGCACAUGGGAGACUUCACCGAGCUGGGCCUGCCCUCCGAGGUUAAGAAGUUCAACGACUGGCUAGGUGGCCUUCCCUACGAGUUUAAGGUGGUGGUAGCCGGGAACCACGAGCUGACCUUUGAUAAGGACUUUAUGACUGAGCUGGUCAAGCAGGAUUACUACCGAUUCCCCUCAGUCUCCAAACUCAAACCAGAGGACUUUGACAAUGUCCAGUCGCUCCUCACAAACUGUGUGUACCUGCAGGAUUCAGACGUCACCAUAAAGGGAUUCCGGAUAUACGGGGCACCAUGGACUCCAUGGUUUAACGGUUGGGGGUUUAACCUGCCUCGAGGUCAGUCUUUGCUGGAUAAAUGGAACCUCGUCCCUGAGGGCAUCGACAUCCUGAUGACACACGGACCUCCACUCGGGUUUCGAGACUGGGUUCCAAAGGAGCUCCAGCGGGUCGGCUGUGUGGAGCUACUCAACACGGUCCAAAAGAGGGUCAGACCCAAACUUCAUGCCUUUGGGGGCAUUCAUGAAGGCUACGGCAUCAUGACAGACGGUUACACAACAUUCAUCAAUGCGUCAACCUGCACAGUCAGCUUCCAGCCCACCAACCCCCCCAUCGUGUUUGACCUGCCCAACCCCUCCACCUCCUGAGACCAGAGGACAGAUGGGGUCAGGGGUCAGAGCCAGGAUAAACUACUUUUUUCUAUGAAUAUGUUAUGUUUAAAAAAAAAAACAAAUCUAAGUGUUUUCUUUGCUACUUUAUAUUCUUCUCCAAGCUGUUGUUCACAUUGAGAAGAUUUGGGUUGGGGGGGGGGGGGGUUAAAGGAGAAUACCGGUGUUCUGGUUUAGUUUGUGCCAACAUUUCUGGUUUUCUGCACACAGGCAUCAGAUUUUAGGAGCCGUUUUCCUUUCAAAGAAAAUGCUUUCAGGGUGAAGUUAUGUUGAAAAAUUAAGUUCCUGCAACAAAAAAAUAAAGCAAAAGAAGAAUAUGGUUAUUUAUUCACAACAAAACACUUUGUGUUGAUAUUUCUGAUAAUGUGCUGAUAUUUUGUUGUUGUUUUUAUUUAUUUGUUGGCCAGAUCCUGAUAUCACUUAUUUUAACUCGCCUGUUGUGAAUCACAUUUUCUCUUUUUUUUUUUUGGCAUAAAUGUUAUGGUUAAGUCAUAUUUACCCAACCUUGUAACAAUUAAUUUUAAUAUCUCUUUAAUUUUAGACAUUGUACUUAUGUUUCUAAACAAUACUUUUUCAAUGAAAACAUUGUGACUUAAAACUCAGAAAUGUACAACUUUGUAUCAAAAUAUGACCAUUUUUUUUAAAACUACUGGUUUUUCUUUCAAAAUAUUUUCACUUCAUUCUUUUAAGUUCUCGCGGAUAAUCUCGACGUUAUAACUACAUUUUUGAAAAGGGGGGGGGGGGGGUUCAAAGUACUUCUGCCUGAUCUUAUCAUGUUUCCCAGCAGUCGCCAGAAAAUAUUGUUUUCUUCUCUGAUC